AUGGGUUGGCAUCAAUUGUUGUUUUAUUCUCUCAGUAUCUCUCUGGCCUCGCUACUUUGUGGGAACCACUAUAGUACCCGCCAGGACCACAUCUACCCAAAUGAUCAGAUUGAUAACCCACAGCAGCAGAUCUUUUGGAUCAACUGGUUUCUCGAUGGCCUUCGAAGUAAUUUCCCUCGAGUCCAGAUCGUUCCCAACAGCACUAUUGGCUCAUCUGAUACUGAGAUGGGUGUUAUGAACUGGCUGAACCAAAAUCCAGCCGCCCUCAACGGCCCAAGGUUCCCAGCCCGACUUGCCGGCAAUCUUCGACUGAAUGAAGUGGUAAUUGAAACAGCGGUGCUUGCGCACAAAACCGCCUUCAACCCGUUGAGUUCCUCCCCCGAAAAGCGCAAGGCUAUUACGAACUGGACCAUUCCACAUGACAGAAAUGUUCAGGUCGAUCCGCAAAUCUUUCAUCUCAAAGGGACGAAAUACAGGAUUGAAGUUGACUACAAUGGCAGAGAAUCAAGCCCCAUCUCCCUCGUUCAAAUCACAACCACAAUGGAUGUACUUCUUCACCGUACAUCCAUAUACCUCAUAUUUCAUGAUUGA